CUCGCGAGAGUGAUAAUUUUAACCCAAAUCGUGAUCUUUUCCUAACCGUAAACCAGUGUUAUUUGUGCUUAAACCUGACCAAACCUUAACCACAGCGAUGUCACAUCAUAAAAACAUAAGUAUUUUGUACAACGCGCACAAUGAUGAAACAACAAAUCUCGCGAGAGUUUGGCAAAUCUACGGAAUGCACCAUGACCCAGGCACGACUAACCACACUGCCCAGUCAGACCCGAGUGAGGAGGACAGAAGAUAUGUCAAGAGGAUCAAGGUUUUCGACUGUCGCUUCGAAAAUAUUCAGCCUAAGGGGGAACUGUUUGAAACAACUCGUUUGGACUUUAACGACUUCCUUCGAGUGCUACAAAAGAAAUUUUCCAUCCGUCCGCAUGAAACAUAUGUGUUGGUCACGACAGACAGAACAGUCCUGGAUUUUGACAAAUUUGCGAUGCUUCAGGAUGCCACCACGCUCUACUUGUUGCAACGGGAGGAUCAAGCUCUGUCAGAGGCGGUGGAGGAGCACAUCAUGUUUGCGCCUCAUUAUGAUACGUUGGUUCAGAGUGGCAUGUAUGAGUACUACGCCAGUAAGGGACACAAUGCAUUACCCUAUGCGCUUGCUGAGUUGAUUGACAAUGCUCUUUCAGCCACAGCUAAAAACACAGGUGUGAGGACAAUAGAGAUCCGAAUGCUGUUUGAUGAAACUCUUGGGAAACCUGCAGUGAUUGUCUUAGAUAAUGGGUGCGGGAUGACCUCCAAGCAGCUCAAUAACUGGGCGGUGUACAGAGGCUCUAAAUUUGUCAGGGAAAACGGCAAGUUUGCAAGUAAGGAAGAGGGAUAUGUUCGGCCUGAUCCUGUCCCUCGUAGUCUCAACAGUGAUAUAUCCUACUUUGGAGUUGGAGGAAAACAGGCCGUUUUCUACAUCGGAGACUCAACCAGGAUGAUCACCAAGUCAAUAGGCUCCCCAGAUGUUCAUGAGCUGGUUCUGUCAAAAGAGGACUUUCAGAAAAAAGAGAGGAAUAAAGAGGAUAUUUACAGCGGAUUUAUCAAAAACAGAAAGCCCGGUGACUCAUCACAUGUGAAUAAAAAUGAUGAGCGCUUCCUCCGUGCCCUCAUCGCUGAGGAAGCUGGGAAGGAAAGCUUCACCGCCGUGGUCAUCACGGGAGUCUUGCCUGAGCAUAUCACUUUUCUGAAACAGGAUUUUGAUAUGUGGACCCGAGAGCUUGCUCACGUAUAUCACUAUUACGUUCAUGGAGUCAAUGGAAAUGACUCGAGAAGCAGCCCUAACAACUUGGAUCAGUCUAAAAUUGACAUUCAGGUCACUUUGCGGGAAAAGCCUCCCAGAUGUCCUCGUAUGAUGAAUCUCAAAGAAGUCGAGGACGACAUGCAGACUCUGUACAUAAAUGCUGCUGCAGACACGUUUGAGUUUAGGGUCUCCACUGAUGCCGGCACCGGGACAGUGGAGGGAGUCAUUCGGUAUCAUCCCUUCCUCUAUGACAAGGAGACGUACCCUGAAGAGCAAAACACCGUGCAGGCGCUUCCUGUUGACGAGAUUGACGAAAACGAGUCUGAAGACGUUCAUCUAGCAAGAGGGAAGAGGCCCAUAUUUGAAUGUUUCUGGAAUGGACGACUUAUACCUUACACCACAGUUUCAGAGUUUGACUGGUGCACUUGGCCUAAAGGAAAAUCAAAGCUGCCUGCGGAGUGUUACGGUCGGUUGUCAGGGGUGCUUUUCACUAAUGACACAUUUAAGGUCACCACGAACAAGCUGACCUUCGUGGACCUGGAGGUGAAACUGAAGAACAAGGAAGCCAUCUUCACACGCGUUGUGAAUGGACAGGGAAAGAACAGCUCCGCAAGUCCCUCCCCCCCGAUCAAGAAACAAAGAAACAUUCAGUCGGAGUUUACCAAGUGGCUGCAAAACUGUCACGAGAAGUUGGACAAGCAAGUCAAGUUUGUGCACUUUAAGGAGAUCAUAGCACGAACAGAUGUGUCCGCUAAGAAAAUGCAGCAUCCCUGGGCGACUUUCUCCUCCAUCGAAUGGGACGGCAAAAAAUACAAAGCAGGCCAAUGUGUGAAGUCUCAGAAAACGGUGCCCAUCAUAUACGGAACGGUGAUUAGGUUUUUGCUGUAUGGAAAUCAUGACAGAGACGUCUUUGCCACAGGAGGACUGGUUGAACUGACUCUGGAACCCAAAGCACUUUACGGCACAACCAAGAUCAUACCCAUAUCCAAGAUUGACAGGAACGCCACUGAUGAUGCAAUCAAGAAAAACAUCGACAAUGACCUUGCCAAGCUUCCAGAGAAGCUGAAAGUGGACUGGCCUGAAGGUCGCCCUUGGCCACAGAAUGCUGUGCGUCCAGCUGGGACUCUGUUAGGGCCGUUCACAGUUGAAAUCCUAAACAGGAAAGAAGAGUCAUUAUCCAAGAUGCCAUCAGUGGGCCAGGGAACAGUGAAAAAACUGAGUGUCCAGCUUGAAAUAAUCCAGCACGGUCCUAAAGGAGAUCAAACUGUGUUGACAAUUAAGAAUGACCAACCUUUACCAAAGCAUGGCUUCUGGUUCAAAAAAAUUGAGAAUCUGAGCUGCCUGGGGAAAUAUACCCUGUUGCUGAACACUAUCAUUACGAUAGAUGACCCUAAGGCCAAGGCCACAGUCUUUGGAGACAAAGCACUCCCAAGCUACAAACUCAAUUUCACCAUCAAAGAGGGUGGCGCUGAGAGUUUCACUGUGGGUGCAGUGAGCACCACUCUUCGUGUAGGAGUGCCGUUCGACAUUCCUCUGCAGAUAAAAGACCGUUACGACCACUUAACAACGCCUCCUCCCGAUCUCGAACCUGUACUCAAAUGCAGUGGCCUGGAGCUGAGUUAUGGGGCAGUGGACUACACUGGAACCACAUACACCAUCAGAAAUGUCAAAGCAAGAGGAAAAGUUCAGAAUUACCAACAAUCCAAGACAUAUGACCUGAAAGUGACCCUACCUGGCCUUAAAAAAGACUCUCAGACUUUAAAGAUCAGCCUCCUGCCCGGUAAUCCACAAUACCUCCAUGUAACACCAAAAGACGUUAAGGUAGAGAACGGAAACCCUGUCAGUUUUAAUGUCGAAGUUCACGAUGAGGCUGGAAACAUCACUGCUAACCCCAAACAGACUGUCCGCUGCCAGGUGCAGUCGCUUCCACCAGUGACAACUGACUGCAGCAGCACUGGAGCUGGACAGGUUGUGACAAAGCCCAUAAACCUGAAAAUUAUCAAGGGAGAACCACAACUACUCAAAGUUCAAUUUGACAUGCAACUUUGGAAGAACGUACCGUUGGUCGUGAGAGAGCUGAAGGUGCUGCCCAGCACGAGAGUUUGCCGGAUGGAGCUCUGCAGCCAGGAUGAUGAGAAUCUGGUUCUGAGGAACAAGGAAAAGAUCGAAUGGCUGGCUGGAGGCUUACUAGAGAAUCUGUUCUUUAAGCUGUUUGAUGAGGCUGGCAGAGAGGUACCACUCACUGCUGAAAUAGCCGCCACGAUCAAGGUUAACUGGACAGGAGAUGUAAAUCGUGAAGAUCUGCUCCAGGGGAAGCUGCCCGAUGUACAGGUGCCUACUCAGGUGCAGGAACAGCGCUUCUACCAGGUGUCCUACAAAGACCAGAGUGUGUCUGUCUCCUUUACUAUAACGCCUCGCCCAGAUGAACCAACACGGCUAAAAGCAACACUGCUCCAAAGCACAGUGAAGCUGGGGGAAACGCUGCUCGGACACAUCAACUUGGAGCUUGUGGAUCAGUAUGAUAAUGUAACAAAGACGCUAACCUCCUCCUGCGUGAACCACAUCACCGUGGACGCUGAGGGUCUGGACAAAUCGGCCCUCGCCUUCACAUGGCAGGGGAGCAGCAGUUCUGUGGUAGUGAAAGGGGUACGGUUCCAGUCUGGGACUCCUGGCCCCAGGGAGAUGUGCUUCACCUACAAGGGUUAUGUGGAGCGCGUCAACGUCGAAGUGACUGCCGGAGUUCCUGCGCAGCUUAAACUCGUCAGCGGACCAGCGCAGCCUUUGCAGGUGUUGAACGACCACGGCAUCCCCACAGCGUUCCUCAUCCAGCUGUGUGACGAGUGGGGAAACCUCUCCCCAGACCAAAGGGUUGUGGUGGAGUUAAGGUCUUCAUCCCCGGCACUGAAGCUGAAGACAACUGUUACUUCACAACCGGUGAACGCAGAGGGAAAAGCUGCUUUCACUGUUAAAAGUGUGAGCGGACCAAAGGGGUGCUAUCAGCUGGCAUUUAGAGGUUCCUUCAACAACAGGCCCAUCCAUGGUCCCUCGGUGAAUCUCACUGUCAUCCCUAAUCCCAACAAACCUGUCAGCCUGCAAGUGGAGUACGACACCAGUGUCAGGUUUCCUGCUGGAAGCAUCUUCCCUGCGUUCUCUAUGACAGUGGUGUCUGAUGAAGGCAGCCCGAUUACUACUUUUAACCCUGCUGCUGCGUCCAUGUUUCUAUGGAAGGAUACGCAAUCAGGACAAAGGCCUCCAGAAACAGCUACUGAGCUGAAAUGUAGUAAACCCAGGGUGGGUGAAAAGAAUGACUGUUUUCACUUCAGAGACAAAGAGAUCCCAGAACAAGUUGGAAAGCACAUCAUCCAGUUUUCUCUGCUUGUAGACAAAACAGAAGUCCUGUUCAGUGAUGAGAUUACUAUAAAUGUGGUGGCCAAUCAACCUUUCAAACUGGGACCUGACUCUCAGCGUCCAACCCCAGUUGUUUCCUACACUAAGGACAUUGCCAACCGAACCUUGGUGGAGAAUAUGACUCUGAGGAUAAUGGAUUCAUAUGGUAACCCAGCGGGGCAGAACCUGGACGGGAAGGUGGUGGUUUCUAUAAAGAACUCUGGUGACGACAGGAACAAAAGUCUCCCUCUGUUUGAUGGCAAAACCAACAGGACUCAAUUUAACUUGAUUAAGGGAAAUGCCCACAUCACUAGGUUGGCCAUCAUGGAGAACAGCCCCGGCGACGAUGGCAGUUCAUACAUCCUGGUCUUCAAACCUGAAGUCUCAGUGAUUCAAACGCCCUUGGCUUCUUUUGAGCUCCCCUUCCAUUUUUACAACGAUGUAGCAAACCAGCGGAAGAUAUCUGAGCUGUCCAAGGAGAAACAUAAGCUAGCGGAAGAAGUUGCUACCCAUAACGCCUUCUUCAAUACGUACUCUGAACUCCUCACUGAGCUGACCUCUCAACACCUGGAUGCAAGUAAUAGAGAAGCUCUCAUUAAAAAUGAGCUGAUCAAGAGCAACAUGAACAUGGCACAAUGUGAAUCUAUCCCAAGUAUUGACAGACUCCUUGCAGAGAUGAACACUGAAACCAGAAGGAUUCUGAAUAUGCCCAGAAGAGUCUGCUCCAUUCACGACCAGUUCAGGGGGCAGCAGGAUGUAUUAGGAAUGGUUGGCCACCUGGCCUUCGUGCAGGAUGAAGAUGCCGCCCGGGUUAUUUCCUGGCAUAUCAGGGGUGACAUGGACUGUGUCAUUACCAGAACGACGGCAGCAGCACGGAGGAUCUACGACGAUACGCAGGGCAGGCAGCAGGUCAUGGCACUUGACAGUGUGUAUGUGCCACCGGGCAUCAGGCCGCUGCCACACAUAUACAAUGGCCGCAUGGUCUUUAAUCCCCCUGGGAACCCAGUGUACGCCAGAGACCUCCUGAUUUACUCCCAAAACAAGGAAAGCUGUGACAUCGUGUUUAGAAAUAUCCUUGGAGAUACCAUCCUGAUUGAUGACCUGGACUCUGCAAACAACUAUAGAAGGGCGGUGGUACAGAAAAAGAUACAGUGUCCCACCAUCCUGACCAGACAGGGGGAAAGGAUAAGUAGCAGGGGCAAGUUCGGAGGCGCACAGAACAAAGCCCCACCAAUUCAGGCAUUAAAAGUGUUUGCAGCUCCCUUCCCACAGGACUACCACAACCUGAAAGAUCAAAUAGAACUGCUCAACAAGUACAGAUCUGCUCUGAAGAAAAAGGAAGAUGCACAAAAGGAGCGAGAUGAUCACAUGAAAGAGCUGAAAUCUCCUAUGAUGAAAAAAAAGCAACAAGAAAUGGAGGAGAAACAGAUGCAGCUACAGGAGAUUGAGAGACAUCUUGGGUCAACGCCAGUGAGACCAACGAAAAGGGGUCAUGGGAAUGCUGGUGAGCCAUCUGGCAUCAUUACAAAGAGAGCAAAGCAGAGCCCCAGAUGAACAUGGCUUAAUUGAACCUGAUUGUUUGAGCAUAAGUCUCAAAAUUUAUUUUAUUUUAUUUUUUUUACUUCAGAGUUAACUAGGUGGUUCUAUUUAAUUUUAUAUGUGCAGGAUUAACAAAUUUGUAAUAGCAUGGUAUAUCUCCAAAAAUGUCUGGAUUUUUUCUGUAUAAAAAAUAUAUAUUUGUCAAGUUA